ACUCCAGAUCCUCACAGGUGCUUUCACUUAUUACGUGGUGCUUCAAAAGGGACGCAGCUGCGUACUUCUUCACUGCAGUCAUGUCUCGGAUUGGCUAUUGUCUCAUGCUUGUAGGCCUCGCCAGUCUUGCAUCUGCCGCUCCCGACUGUGACGCCAAGAAGCUGGACGCCUGCGCGGCAGACUUGUUCAUCUUCGGGUCUUCGGAGAAGAUUCCGACCACUCCUGAGGAACUCGAGUCUUUCUGUGGCACGCAGAACAAAGCGGAGUCCUGCGCCCGCGACUACAUCAAGCAUUGCACGGAGAGCGUCUCCCAGGGUAUUGGCGAUGUCUUCCUCGACGACAUCAAGAGCGAGAUUGAGGACCGGUGCGAUGAGUCCUCCGUUUAUCGCGAAGACUAUCUCAGGAGCGCUCCGUGCCUAAACAAGGUUGGCGCUGGAUUCCACAAGUGCCUCCGCGGUCUCGUUGCUGACCUCGACUUGGCUUCCAAGCUUCCCAACAAGCAAAGGAUUGGCGGGGCAUGCUGCAAGUACAACGUGUUCGAACAGUGCGUAAGCAAGGUGGUCCAGGGCCAGUGCGAUUCGGACGUGAUCGAGUUCGCCCAGGGACUCGUCGAGAGGUACUCCGGCGAGCUACUCGGAACAGUGUGCACCGCCUACCGGUCGGGCCAGAAGUGCAAGAGCAUCGACUUCAGUUCCACGUCUGGUGACAAGAACCUCCGCUCCGUCCUUACGCCCAUCCUUCAGAUCUCUGGAGCCCUCGGCUAAGAUCAUGGACAUUGACGCCAAAAGAAUUGGUGGACUUGUGUAUGAAUGGCGAUAAUUACCGAGUGACGUGGCUUGAUGCCCAGAACGCCUGGCACGAAAUCUAGCGAUCAGACCUUCCCGUGCUGGCAAUCAGAACAAAGCAGCAUGCAUGCACGAUGACAUCGAGUACGCUGAAGAUAACAGAACGACGCGGAUAAUUCGUAUUUCGGGAACGGCAGGUUUUUAAGUUGCACAAUCACCACUGUUCACCAAACUUGAAGUGGGCUAGAUUUGGUCUACGUGAAGACGUCAUACAGCUUUAAGAGCCACAUAGGUUAAAAAUAAAAAGUCUGGCGGACGUUGGACUACAUGGUCUUAGUGAACUUUUAGCUGGAAUGGCUAAAAUUUUAGUUAGAAGGCCAGUCGCUACUGCUUCUUGGGCUUGACGUGAGCUUAUCUUGGUAUACGUGAAUACAUAGCUGCAAUAAUACGGUAGUUAAAAAAGCCUUAAAGAAAUUAGGGCACACAGCCUCAGCUAGUUCUUAUCAAAGAGAAUUAGCGUUGCGUUAUAUAUAAUGCAUUGUGUGGUUAAGAGUCAUUACAGCCAUGGACUUCAAUACAUUUUGAAAACGCUACCCUCAGGGGCUGUGGUCGACACUAGUGAACAAUCUGAUGCGUAAACCUACGCACAGUAGCAGCUCGGUUGUUCUUUGUCGACAAUCCCAAGCGAGUUCUGCACGAGUAGUAGUGCUUAGCUGCAGUACAAGAUCACGCGCUCUGCUUAGCCGUGGUGGUCUGGUGGCUAAGGUACUUGGCUGCUGACCCGCAGGUCACGGGAUCGAAUCCCGGCUACGGCGGCUGCAUUUCCGAUGGAGGCGGAAAUGUUGUAGGCCCGUGUGCUCAAAUUUGGGUGCACGUUAAAAGACCCCCAGGUGGUCGAACUUUCCGGAGCCCUCCACCACGGCGUCUCUCAUAAUCAUAUGGUGGUUUUGGGACGUUUAACUCCACAUAUCAAUCAAACUUACGCGCUAUAAUUGCUAUGAAGGAACACAUAAUACAGUUUUCGAUCACACGAACACACACUAAAGACAGAGCAAUUAAGAAGACCAAUAAUGAUGAUGUUUCUGCUUAACGUCCCAAAAGAGGCUGAGAGUCAACAUGAGCUUCACUAUAUAUGCUAACAUCUCGAAGAUUCACACGUUGAGACAUUCUUUUGUUAAAUCACGCAUGUUCCUCUUAUCAUUAAGAGUGCUGUGCCUGAAGAUAAUCUUGAGUGACGCUACUUAUCGUGCAAUGUAUGGGCUGUAUUUGGCUCUAUUUUACCAGUACGUUCUCCGUGCCAAGCGUUCCGAGCCGUGCGCUUUAUUGUGUAAUACACGCGUUUGUUUUGUCGCAAUGUGUCGUGCUUGAGUGUGACCGCAAGCGGAAAUGCACUUGUGCAAUCUUAUACGCCAUGAUGCGCCUUUCAUUGUGAACUGUGAUCCUUGUACAGAAAAAUACACAUAUUCUUUUGUUUCACUCUACAUUGUUGUCCCCGAGUGUGCUUUGUUCGGAUUUUUGAGAUGCUGCUCGUCGCAUGGACUGUGAAUUUUCGUUCAGCAUGAAUGCCUCAUCUGUAUCAAUCCUCUGAUUCAGGAAAAAGUUUUAUGCUUCAAUCGUAGGCAUUUGAAUGGCUUGAAUACUUGUAAAUGUGCAUAUUUGUGCGCGGACAGAUUUUGAAUCAAGGACGUGGAACGAGUGUGCGAGUGCUGUAUUAUACACCUCUGUAUAGCCUUGUGUUAGAUUUUUACUUCGCGACAACAAUAUUGCGCAACAAAGAAGGCCUAGCCAGCGCCCUUCCUCUUGUCUCGCAUUAAAGCUAAUAUAGUUUUGCA